AUGGUGUGGAGUCACCUCUUCACGCCGCCCUACAACCGAGAGAUCGUCGACGCGACGAUGAGCGAGUGCGACGACAUCUACGUCGCCAUGUACGCCCUCCAGGCCUCGGCUGCUCGCUGCGGACCCUCCAUCAGCAUCCCCGGCAUCAUGCUCGAGGUAAUGCCACGGGGUCUGAUGUGGUGGGUUCGGCGAUACCCGGUCAUCUUCAAGGCUCUCCUGAUGAACGAGAACGACCCGUUCCCGGACCGCGAUGACGAGGUGACCUUCCACAACGGCGAGGAGUGCCUGCGGUUCCAGCACGUCGUCAGCACCAAGCUGGACGCAGAGGAUGACGCCAACGUUGUAUCCGUGAUGGUACUGCGCAUCAGGGUCUGGCAGAUCUGCAUAUCUCUGCAACGGCUCCGCGUCAUCUUCGAGGAGCGCGCCGACUGGGCCGCCGAGGAGUGCGGCAACGCGUGCGACCGCGACAGGAUCGGGUCAAGCGGGAGCGGUAGGACGAGCAUCAGCGGAACGGAAGAGUCGGCGCACGAGCGGGACCCGACGAAGGAGUCGGGCUCGGGCCCGGCCUUUCUGCGGGGCAACACCUGCCAGCUGAGGUCCGUCGAGCAGGACGUGUUCGAGUUUGCGAAGGCGGUGCGGCUGCAGCGGCUGAAGUCCAAGGAACUUUGGGACGCGGCGGAGGACUGCCGCUCCGGGACCGCGGAGGACGUGGACCUGGACUCCAUCACCCUGGACCUGGAGGCGGCCACGGGCGGCCCCUCGCCGCAGCCGGGCGCCGAGGAGCGGCAGACCGCAGGCACCCCUCGCGCGGAGCCGGGCGCCGCGGGCCCCCUGCCGGGCCCAGGGCCGGGUUGGGCGUCGUCGCUGCUGCCGUGCUGCGCGGAGGCGCUGGGCCGCGCGGAGGCGCUGGGGCGCGCGGCGCCGCUGGCGCCGAGGCGAUGA